CCCGGCUCCGCUGUUUGCUGUUUGCUUUUCCAUCUGCUGAUGUGCUUCCUGGGAGCGCUCCUGCCUGCCAGAGAAAACAUCUAGAAGCACGACGCCAAAUCCGAGCCUUUCCCUUGGGUCCCCAAACCCCACCAGCCUCCAGAGAGGGGCAGGCAAAGCCCAGAGAGAACGCAGCCGCGCCUGCAGUGCGCGGGUUGCAGCGGCUCCCCGAGACGCGGGUGGAGAAGACGCGGAUUUCGGCUCCCACGCACCGUGCGCGCCUCCCCGUCUCCGCGCCCCCGGUUUCUGGAAGUUGGCAUUGGAGAUGGGGCGCUUGCCGCGCUGGCUGACUCCGUGGUGCGCCUAGUCGUGCAUUAGCUGACUUCGCGCUCGCUCGCUCGCUCGCUGCAGCCGGAGGCGCCUGACCUGCGGGGACAGCGCGGCGGCCGGGGGCGGGGACCGGGCUGAGCGCGGGGAGUGGGCGCCGGGCUGCGUGCACCGCCGCUGGGGGUCCCGCCACGCCGGCGGCCGAGCCAUGACGGACGCCAGCAGCAAGAAGGAGGGCUUCAAGAAGUGCCGGAGCGCCACGUUCAGCAUCGAUGGCUACAGCUUCACCAUCGUUGCCAACGAAGCUGGAGACAAGGCUGCCGGGCCUCUCAACCGCUUCUCCCGCUUCUCCCGGUCCAAGUCGCAGAACUGUCUGUGGAACUCCAUCAUCGACGGGCUCACAGGGAAUGUCAAGGAGAAGCCACGGCCAACGAUUGUCCACGACCCCCGACCCCCGGAGCAGAUCCUCGCCGAUGAGCUGCCUCAGCUCGAUAGCCCGGAAGCCUUGGUGAAGACGUCCUUCAGGUUACGGUCUUUGGUCAAACAGUUAGAGAGAGGGGAGGCUUCAGUGGUAGAUCUUAAGAAGAAUUUGGAAUAUGCAGCUACAGUGCUUGAGUCUGUAUACAUCGAUGAAACCAGGCGACUCCUGGAUACGGAGGACGAGCUCAGUGACAUCCAGUCAGAUGCGGUGCCUUCCGAGGUCCGAGACUGGCUGGCCUCCACCUUCACGCGGCAGAUGGGGAUGAUGCUCAGGCGGAGCGAUGAGAAGCCGCGGUUCAAGAGCAUCGUGCAUGCAGUGCAGGCUGGGAUCUUCGUCGAGAGAAUGUAUAGACGUACAUCAAACAUGGUUGGACUGAGCUACCCAGCAGUGGUUAUAGAAGCAUUAAAGGAUGUGGACAGGUGGUCCUUUGAUGUCUUUUCUCUCAAUGAAGCCAGCGGGGACCAUGCACUGAAAUUCAUUUUCUAUGAAUUACUCACACGCUACGAUCUGAUCAGCCGUUUCAAGAUCCCCAUUUCAGCACUCGUCUCAUUUGUGGAGGCCCUGGAAGUGGGAUACAGCAAGCAUAAAAAUCCUUACCACAACUUAGUGCAUGCUGCGGACGUCACACAGACGGUGCACUACCUCCUCUAUAAGACAGGCGUCGCUAACUGGCUGACGGAGCUGGAGAUUUUUGCUAUCAUCUUCUCAGCUGCCAUCCAUGACUACGAGCACACGGGAACCACCAACAACUUCCACAUCCAGACCCGGUCCGACCCAGCUAUUCUGUACAAUGAUAAGUCUGUAUUGGAAAAUCAUCACUUAAGUGCAGUUUAUCGCCUUCUGCAAGAGGAUGAGGAAAUGAAUAUUUUGAUCAACCUCUCCAAGGAUGACUGGAGGGAAUUUCGGACCUUGGUAAUUGAGAUGGUGAUGGCCACGGAUAUGUCCUGUCAUUUCCAACAGAUCAAGGCGAUGAAAACUGCUCUGCAGCAGCCGGAAGCGAUUGAAAAGCCGAAAGCAUUAUCCCUGAUGCUGCACACGGCAGACAUUAGCCAUCCUGCGAAGGCGUGGGAGCUCCAUCAUCGCUGGACGAUGUCACUGCUGGAGGAAUUCUUCAGACAGGGGGACAGAGAAGCAGAGUUGGGGCUGCCUUUUUCUCCUCUGUGUGACCGGAAGUCGACCAUGGUUGCUCAGUCGCAAGUAGGUUUUAUCGAUUUCAUCGUGGAGCCCACCUUCACUGUGCUCACGGACAUGACUGAAAAGAUCGUGAAUCCGCUAAUUGAGGAGACCUCCCAGACAGGCGGGACAGGACAGCGGCGUUCAAGUUUGAACAGCCUCAGUUCGGCAGAUGCAAAGCGAUCGGGUUCCAAGAGCGCAGGCUCAGAAGGAAGCGCCCCAGUCAACAAUUCCGUCAUCCCUGUCGAGUACAAGAGUUUUAAAGCCACAUGGACUGAGGUCGUGCACAUCAAUCGGGAGCGGUGGAGGGCCAAGGUGCCCAAAGAGGAGAAGGCCAAGAAGGAAGCCGAGGAGAAGGCCCGCCUGGCCGCGGAGGAGAAGCAAAAGGAAAUGGAAGCCAAAGGCCAGGCAGAAGGCGCCGCCGGCAAGGCGGACAAAAAGACACCCGGGGAAGCUCAGAACCAAGUCAACGGAACGCGCCCCAACAGGAGCGACAACGCUCGUGGGAAAAACGCCAAAGAGAAGUCGCCAGGAGGAAAGCAGCAGAACGGUGACUUGAAAGAUGGUAAAAAUAAGGCUGACAAGAAGGAUCAAUCCAGUGUCGGAAAUGACUCAAAGAAAGCAGAUGGCACAAAGAAGCGCUCUCAUGGCUCCCCAGCCCCGAGCACCAGCUCCACAAGUCGCCUUACCUUGCCAGUGAUCAAGCCUCCGCUGCGCCACUUUAAACGCCCCGCUUAUGCAUCCAGCUCCUACGCACCGUCGGUCCCCAAGAAAAUGGAGGAGCACCCUGCAAGGUACAAGAUGCUGGAUCAGAGGAUCAAAUUGAAAAAGAUUCAGAACAUCUCCCAUAACUGGAACCGGAAAUAGGUCAAGAGAAAGAGAGGGGGUGGACGAGGGCCCAGUCUCUGCCUCUCAGCACUCACCAGCCACCAGGUAUACCUCCAAAGGGCUGGGGGUGGGGGAGGGGGAAGGGCCGGUGCCAUCAUGGUUGAGCCACCAGGGCAAAGAGAAGCUGUAUGUGAUUUUCCCUUUAGUGUUCUGCUAUAAACUAAUCAGUUGCUGGAUUUGGGGGUCAAUGCAGACCCACCAGCAAACCAGUAAGCCGGUUGACUCAUGUGGCUUUUAUUGCUCUAAAUCUUUCAAAGUCUAAAUUGGACUAAAAUUAACACGAUGCAACCUGUUCACAAAAGAUGAAAUUCCUCCCCUUGAUACUAUCUUUGUCCCUGGAAGUUGACUUGCUCCACUAAGAUUAUUGGUUAGUAAUCAUUGUAUUUCAGAACUGCACUUUUAAAGCCAUCUUCCUCGAUUUUAAAUGCAGUGUUUAAAAGUCAAAUAAACAUGUCCCUUUCCAAGUAGAGGCACUCAAAACAAAAGUUGUGCUUCUGAAUGGAAGCAGUCUUAGUGGAAAAAGAAGACUUAGGAAUUGAGUGUUCAUAGAUAUUUCUGAACGUGGGCUUACUGAGCAGAUCCAGGUUCAAAGUAAAGACCAUUGCUUGGUUCUCAUUGCGUGCCUCAGGCCUAAUAGACUCGUGUAAGGCUGUGAGCGUUUGCAGGAGAAAGGAAGAUGACCCUGACCUUCACUCACAGCAGACAAUGCUAGGGAGCAAUGAGGUGCUCAGGCCUCAGAGAGUCUAGGUUUGAAACCUACUCCAGGAUAUGUCCAUUUGGUCCUGUGAUCCUGGGGCAGGAGGGUAUUAAAUGCUGAAGGUAAUUGGAAUUUCUUAAUUUCACAUUUCUCUGUAAGGUUGAAAAUACCUUUAAGUUUGAAGAUGAUGAAAUUUCACAUCAUCUUCCUAACAGACCACAUUGAUGAGUCCUUCGGGAAAUCAAAUGCUCUCACAGAUGUUGGUGGAAUGGAAAUCUGCACCUCCCAUCUCAUUGUGGCGGCGUUUUUAGCCCAACUGGGUCUCUCCUAGAGUUUUGUUGUUGUUGUUAAUCCUUACGGGAAGAUCUUUUUUCCAUUGAUUUUUAGAGAGAGUAGAAGGGAGGGGGGAGGGGAGAGAGAGACAUUGAUGUGAGAGAGACACAUGGAUCGGUUGACUCCCACAUUGGCCCCAACGACCGUGGUACGUGCCCUUGACCGGGAAUUAAACCUGAGACCCUUUGGUGUGCAGGCUGUCACUCUAAUCACUGAACCACACUGACCAGGGCUCUCCUAGAGUUUUUACUUUGGCAUUAAAUUCACAGAAAUGUAAGGAAAGGUUCAAGGCCAGAAACAGCUUUCGAUCCCUUCAGAAACAGUCUGAUGAGGGGGAACUUCAGGCUCACUGUCAGGCAGCUCUGAUCUCCAGUCCUGUCCUGUCUGUGCUAGUUGCAGGUCCUCAAUCUAAUGGCAUAAUCAAGCCUCAGGUUGCUUAUGUAGAAAGCGGGAUUUGUAAUGUCCACUGUGCCUUUGGUGAUGAGGAUGAAAGAUAAGGGAAGUUCUGAUGCCAUAGCUAAGCCCGGCCAGGGACAGGGGCACAACAAUGAGGAUUCCGUACCCAGGAAAAUCUCUCCAGGACCCCACUCCCACCCCCGCCCCCCAAAGAAGGAGCUGUGCUUGAUGCCACACCUCUGGGCUCUGAUUGUGAAGGGUUUCAGGUCCUCGCCUUCCAUUCUCCGAAGUUCAUUUCCAAUAAAAUGGCGUAUGCAGUUGAACCAGUUAAAGAAUUUAGUGCCCAUCAUGCUACUAAGCGAUUUAUUUAAAAUAUGCUUUGUGAUAGUAUUUCAGGGAAAUUUAAUUACUAGACAAAAAGGAAAUGCUUUGUUAGGGACGCAAUUGUAAUUCUUAGCUCCCAGUGUGGUGCCUGAGCAAGAGGACCCUUCUGCAGGCUGGUGGUCCCUAUUCCACCUAACUUAGGUUAACUCAACAGGCCACUUCUACCUGUUUGUAGACAGGUGCCUUCGUGCUUGCUGCACACAGCCCUUUGGCCACACAGUGAACCUGCCCCUGCGGUAGUGGCUUCCUUGCUAUCCAAUGGAUUAUGGACAAAAAAAGGGGCAGUGUAAUAAAUGUAGCCCAAAGUAACCUCACAGGGUGAUCUGGUCAUACAUUCCUACUGGGCAGGUCAUGCCAUGGUGGAUAGUCAUGCCACAGACAUGUCAUUUCUUUAGUAAAAAGUUUCCCUUUGCUGUAAGCAAGCCCUGUCCAUUGUUUCUGUGCAUCUAGGUUAAGGCCUUUGAAAUGCCUCUUUUCUGGACCCCUCAGAAGCAUAACCACCCUCAAGGAUGCACAUGAUCUUAUUAACUAUCCUGUCAUCCAGUCCUUGCCUUUUUUUCUCCCACAUCUGUGUGAUCUUCCUUACCUCCCCCUUCAUUCCAAAGGCACAAACAGGCUGCACACAGUCUUUCUGGGAAGUGUUUUUCUCAGUCUGUUGAGGUCUUGCUUCCAGGCAUAUGCUCUGUUUGGCUCAAAUAAAUGCUAAUAAACUCUUAUAAAAUUUUUUAGAAGUAAAUGUCAACAUAAGAACACCCAAACCUGCAGGAUAUUUUUAUGAGUUCUUACAUCAACAAGAUCAACCCCUGCUGAUGUUCCCCAUUUAUCCCAAUACCUCCAGGGUCAGGUAGAGAGGUCAAGGUGACUGUGCUCUCUUGACUGUUUCUUGACGUUGGAAGCCAUGAUCCUGGUGGAGAAAGUUAGCUCCCUCUGUAUUCUUUGGUCCCAAGAUGUUAUUUCAACCUUUGCUAAUGUUUUCAUUGAGCAGAUGCCCAGAUAUUGAGAUUCUGCAUUGCUUGUAAAAUGUCUACCAUGUUAAUUGCAUGAUGCGUUGUAUAGAAAUGCCAAAUUAUAUAUUCUUAUAGCAAAUAAAAAGAUGCUUUUAAAGGA